GUGAUAAAUUAUUAGUUGAUGCCUUAAAUUUACUUAAUAGUAUAUAGAAAUAAGAUUAAGAAAUCCUUAUGAUGGCUUUUGGAAAAUUAAUUCAGAAGUGAACAAGAAAUUAUAUAUAUAUGUUGUGAAGUAGAUGGAAUAUAAUUAACAAUAAUUGUAGCCUGUUCUGGGCAUUAAAAAGAGAUUGAAUUUCCAAAAUAUUUAAAAAUUGGUAUGAAAUUUUCUUAAGAGAAACCUGUGUAAUUAAAAUCUUAAUAAAGUAUUAUAGAUCAUUAUCAUUAUUGACAAACACUUUGAAUUAUUAAUUUCUAAGCUUAUUAAUUAUAUUAGAGUUGAUAAUAAAAUUUUGAUUUAUUAAUUUAAGAGUCAACUACAUUAUUAAAAUUAUGGACUGAUUCUAGACUAUUUGAAGGUAAAAUUCUGUACAUCACCUACAAUUUAUUCGAGAGAAAUCGUAUUUGCAUUGAAUAAAAAAAUGAAAUAAAAGGUUGAUAAAUUAAAACUAAUCAAUAAACAUUUUAAUUACUAAAAAUCAUUAUAUUGAAAGGUUGAUACAAGUACUAAAAGGUGAAAAUUGCUAAAACAAAAUUGAAAAUAACAUAGAAACAAUUCAUGUAUCAUUAUUUAUUAUUCUUGAUUAGGAUUUUUAAGGAGAAUUGUAUACUCGUUAGCUACUGAUUCAUG